AUGAAAGUGAAAUUGGCAUUUUAGUUGAAAUUGAAGCGGGCUGAUUUUAGUUGAGAUUCAACUCAACUGUGUUCCAGGAUAAUAUAUAUAUAUACACACACACUCUGAAGAGGAAAAAAAAUGGGAUCAUCACAGUCAGCGCAACCACCAUCAGAACUGGAUAAACCAUGGAGGAAAUUUGACUGGGGACAGAAAGAAGCCCUGAAAAAUAAGUUGGAAAACUUCUCUCCAAGUCAUUCAGAUGUAAAGGACAUCAAGAUCCUGGUAGCUGGAGAAAUUGCAGCAGGAAAGUCCAGCUUUAUUAACUCCAUCGAUAGUGCCUUUCAAGGACGCAUCUCCUCUAGAGCACUAGUUAAUUCAGCUGCUGGCGACAGUCGUAGUUUCACACAAAAACUCAAAGGAUUCACCAUCAGAAGUGGGAAAAAAAAUUUGCCCUUUGUCUUCAAGGACAUCAUGGGCUUGGAACCUGAAGAAUUGGCUGGGGCGCAAAUAGAAGACAUCAUCAAUGCUGUGUUUGGCCACGUGAAGGACGGCUAUACAUUCACCAAGGAGAAGGUACUUACUAAUGAGGAUCAGCAUUACACCAGUGACCCCAACCUCUCAGACCAGUCUUUCUGCCUGGUUUACGUCAUAGCUGCAAAUAUAGUCCAUUAUACAGAUGAUCGACUUAUUCACAAGCUGAAGGAUAUCCGCCAGAAAAUCAGUGAUAAGGGGAUUCCUCAAGUAGUUGUCAUGACCAAAGUGGACGAAGCAUGCCCGUUGGUCAAAAAAGAUCUGAGAAAGAUGUACACUAGCAAGAAGAUCAAGGAGAAGAUGGAGUUGUGCAGUGCCAAAGUGGGAGUGCCACUGACAAACAUCUUCCCAGUGAAGAACUACCAUGAUGAGAUUGACACAGAGGAUGACAUUGAUGUUCUGAUACUAAAGGCACUUGAACAGAUUGUUCAUCUUGCUGAUGAUAGAUUGGAGGAUACUGAAAACUACUGACAAAUCACAUAUAUACACUAAUUACUGCAUUUCCAAGUCUAGCUUUCUAAUAAACCUGGCUUUGCUCACUAUGAAUAUUGUUGGCUCUGUGACAAAUUGCUUAUGUUCCUCUAAUGUAAGAUGCUAAAAGCACCUGCUAAAUGCAUAAAAGUAAAUUUAAAUUCAGGAUUUAGAAUUUAGCAGAAUUUAAGUUUCUUGAUGUGCAUCUUAUUUCAGCCGAUAAACUCACAAAAUGAGUCUUUGAAUGAACCCAGGGCCGGUUUUAAUCAUUUGGAGCCCCUAGCUAAAAUUAAUUUUGCAUUCAUGUAUUUCCUUUUAUUUCCAAUAAAAGGCACUUGAAACAAA